AUUCGAAGUUGAGAUCUCCUUUGAAAGGGGACAUGCAGGACAUUUCACAUUUGUGAAUGCAUACAUCGAAGCUGUCGAUAAGACGGACCAUCCGACCAGUCUACAAAAGUUACAAGGAGAGAAAUCUUUAGAACUACGAUAUAAUGUCAAUAGCAAAGACAAUAGGUUGAGUACAUCGUCCAUAUUCCCACCUUGGACGGCAGAUAGUAUGCUUGGAGCAGAGACUAAUAUGAAGAUGCUUGGAGACUGGAUGCAUAGCCUUCAGCCCAUCGCUCAGUCUGCAACAACAACAACGCUAAAUUAUCUACCGUCACGCCUGAUACAACUGUGCGACAAGGGCGGUCUACGCAUAAUCCAAACAUCCACCAUCGAGGAUCACGAACCGAAAUUUUCCGCACUUAGCUAUGUCUGGGGCACGAAUCAAACAUUCAUCUUGCUUAGUACCACUGAAGAUAUGCUCACGACAGGGUUUGGGACCGAGCAGCUUCCCAAAACGAUACAAGACGCUGUCACGGUCACACGCCGCAUCGGGAUAGAAUACAUCUGGGUAGAUGCACU